CCACAACUCUUUCAUUCAAACAACAAAGUGCAUAUUUAUCUGAAGCCACAUCAACAUCAUCAAAAAGAGUCUAGAUUUACGACUUAGAUUCAAAUAUGGCACAAGAAAGAAAACCAAAACGUCAGCGCUUCAGUCUAGGAGGACCAUCUGGAGACACGUCGUUUGAAGACUAUCUAACCGGCACUCACAAAACAAUCUCUUCUGAUGAAGAAGAAGAAUUUGAUCAAGAAAAUCAAGAUCCAGAGGAAGAAUUCGAUGAGGAUGAAGAAGACGAAGAGUUCGACGAAGAGGAAGAGGAAGAAAAUGACUACGACCUCGAAAACCAACAUGCACCAGCCCUCAAUACCACGACCAACACCACCACAACCAACAACACCCAGGACACAAUCAACAAAAUCCACAUUUCCCAAAAUCUAACAACAAACUCUUCCGCCAAAAACAUAAACUUCCUAAUCCAAAUCCAUCUGGUGCUUCCAUCAGCAAAAGUACCCGUGACCCGCCUACUUCACCUCCCAUCUACUCUACUCUUCGAACAAUUCUCCUCCGCCAUCCAACUAGCCUUUGACUGGGAAGGCGACCAUCUCUGGAAAUUCGACCUUCAAACCCCUCCACAAAUCACCACCACCACCACCACCACCACAACACCCAAAGACAUAUUUCCACAUCCUCGCUACAAAGUCACGGAUAUAAAAGACAUGAUGGGCUUGCACAAUCUAGGCACCAAUGAUUUCCGCAAAGAUUUGGAUUCGAAAAAGAUACGCCUCAUGGAUAUUUGGGGUAAACAUCAAGUACCUCGAGUCAGGAAGUUGGACAUGUUUUAUACGUAUGACUGUUAUGGGGAUGCUUGGUAUCAUCGCAUCAAAUUUUUGGGGGUCGCGGAGGAAGGGUUGAAACCUGUGGAUUUGGGGGUCGAGGUUGAGGAUAGGCAGCAGAGGAUAUGGUGUUUUGGUGGGAGUGGGGCGGCGCGGCCGGAGGAUAUGGGGGAUGAGGAGGAGCAGGAGAGAUGGGAGGAGGAGAAUGAUACGUUUGAGUGGGAUAUUGGGUGGGUCAAUGCGGGAUUGAGUGAGGUGGAUGUUGUGUGGUUGCCUGGGAUGUAAGUGUGGUGUUGACAAGUAGGAAUUGUGAAUAGUGGGAAGGGUUCUCGGAUUGGGUAUAGAACAUUGGAUUGCUUUUGAAGUGAUGACGGAGCUAAUAUAAGGCUCGUCGAUCAGGAGCGAUCGGGUUCACAGCAUUGUUUCGACUUCUUUCGUGUCCGAUACCAUGAUCGCGAGUGCUGCACAUCUCCUCUGUCUUCAAUCACUGACCCCGGCAAGAAGCAGCCUCAUCAACGUACUCCCCUCCUCGCGCUGGUGUAAACACCCUUAUCCCUGCCUGUCGUCCGUAAACAACACCACCUUCUGUAUCUUACCGCCGAGGCGAGUCGCAACUGAGGACCCAU